AUGUUGACAGUUGAGCCAAAAAGCGAUCUCGAAUAUUCGGAUGGCCCGAGAUCUCCCAGCAGCGCAUGGACUGCGACGGAUGAGCGUCAAGCCCGACGAAAGGUUGAUCUCUCUGUCCUACCCUUGCUUUUCUUAGGCAUGACCGUAUUCCAGUUGGAUCGCAUGAACGUCGCUAGCGCCCUCACUGGAGGCUUUGGCGAGGACAUCAAGGUCAACCAGAAUACCAUCAAUCUGGGAAACCAGCUAAUGUUUCUGGGAAUCAUUGUGCUGGAGAUCCCCUCUAAUAUCCUACUGCAGCGAAUCGGCCCUGAGAAAUGGAUGCCUGCUCAGGUGCUGGCUUUCGGGAUCAUCGCCAUCUUUCAGGUGUUUCUCAAGAACAGAAAUGGCUUUUUAGUUAUUCGUGCUAUUCUCGGUCUCGCGGAGGCUGGGUAUAUCCCCGGGUCGGUCUACAUUCUCUCGACCUGGUAUAUUGGGCCGGAAUUGGCUAAGAGAGUGGCCAUUCUAUUCUUUGGCAUGUUUGGUGGGAAUGCGAUCUCCCCAUUGCUGGGGGCGGGUAUCCUAAGACUCGAUGGAAGACAUGGUCUGAAGGGCUGGCAAUGGAUCUUUUUAGUUGAGGGCUUGAUGACGAUUGUGUCCGCGAUUCUUUUGGUUGUAUUCCUCCCACGCAGUCCCGAGAGACCAAAGCCGUUCCUCAUCCAACGAGGUAUCGUCGCCUUCUCGGAGCAGGACAAGGAGGUUCUCAUGGCGAGGAUGCCCAAGAAUGCAGAGACUCGGCGAAGAACUCUCCCCCCGUCUCUUAUCGUCAAGACGCUACUCAACUACCGGCGCUGGCCACACUUUCUAUCCACGGCCUGUGUCUUCUCCACGUGGAGUCCACUCACAACCUAUACUCCAUCGAUCAUGAUGGCUCUAGGUUUCAAUCGCAUUCAAGCAAAUGCUCUCAGUGCGAUCGGCGCAUUCAUGACCCUGCCUCUUGUCUUCUUCUUCGCCUGGCUCAGCGACAAGACGGCCAGACGGGGAAUCGUUGUUAUCACGGCAAUAUCGUGCUAUCUUAUUGUAUUGAUUGUUGCACGAUGCGCCCUCCCCUCUGUCGGCAAAUGGAGUCGAUUUGGCUUGUGGACGGUGGUUAAUGCAUUUGCCGUGGGGUACCAUCCUAUCCAUAAUACCUGGGUGCAGGUCAAUUGUCAGGAUGCCGGGGAGAGGAAUGUUUCAAUUGCUUAUCUUCGAGGCCUCAGCAUUAUGAUCGCCCUUGUGGCAUCGGGGCUCCUACUGGCUUUAACGCAAGAAAUCACCUAUCUAUUCCUCAACGGUCCCGCACGAAAACGGGGUGAGAAGGUGAUCUACGUGCCUUGA